AUGAUCUUUCUAAACCUCGUGCACAGCAAUUCGCCCCCCAAUGUACCCGACUUCAUCGACUUCGUGACACAACAAACCAUGAAUCUGCGCAAUUGUCUACCACCGUUAGACGAAGAUGACUCGCUUCCAAUGCACAAACUGGUCAAAGCACAGAGUCUGCAAAAUGUCCAGCAGGCUCCUCCCGGUGACGCUACAUACAAGAUGCAUCGGGGACGCGGUGGGGGCAAUCCAGGCAAAGUGCGUGCUCACUGGCCCAUGUCAUCGCAGAACUUCCCACAGAUCGACUUCCCGCCCAACGCUAAGGUCAGACAGGUGUUGGCGAAGCAGAGAAAUAUAGCAGCCCAACCAAAUGAUCACCGAGAGUACAUGAUCCCCGUUCGGUCACCGCACACGCGCAGUCCCUACGCAACUACACUGGAGAGAACCCCUCAGCUCUCGCAGCAGUCCGACAAGAAUGCGGUUUACAGUCCACACCCCAACGGAGGCCCCAUGGUGACCAAUAAAGGAGGAGCGAGUGGACCUUACCCAAGUAGGGGUAUACGGUACCAACCUGCACCUAACACAGCACCGAUGGGUGGGGUGGCGUACAGAGAGCAAUAUUCUGGGCCGCAGCAUAAGGCUCAACAGCCACCCCAACAGAGUGUGCAGAAUGGUCACGGUGGGCUACACGCGCACGCGAAGCAACUGGGCCGCACUGGGUCAUCAGAUCAACUAAACAAUGCCCACAGCGGAAGGAAUGGUGCGCGAAACGACUAUUAUGACAGUCGAACUAACCAGGACUUCAGCGAGACCGAUACUCAGGGUGAGAGGCAACCUACAAUGGGCGUCGUAGUCAAUGUGUACCCCAAGGGAGACUUGGAUCCAGAUGGAGAAAGUACCGGCGUUAUACCAAAGAUAUGGGAUGCUCUCCACUUAGCGGAUAUCCUGAAUGGUCUGGAGAAGUUCUCGGGCAGGCCGGCAGCCGACUAUGAGAUCGACCUGGUGCACAAAAACGAGCUACUCGACACACCAGACCACUCAGAAGAGAAGUACGAGGCCAUUACGGCAGCGGGAUGUGUGCUGGAAAUGGCGUACAGGAUAAUAGAGAACUCUUUCAUGUGUGGCGCGGCGGUGGUGCGACCGUCAGGGCAUCUGAUUGCACCAGACAACGACGAGUCCGUAUACAGACUCAACAACGUGGCGAUAGCGGCAGCGAAUUGCGUCGAACGAGGCCACUUUCAACGGGUGGCAAUCCUCAACUGGGCUCCAUCGACGAAUGCGGGGAGGGCACUGGCAACCGGAAUUUUGACCAUGAUUAGCCUGCGCGAGUAUUUGAGGCUGGAUGAACACGAUCUACACGAGGAGAGCGCGCCUCCGGUCCGAUCGCACAGAGAAUUGGACCAGCGAGUGGAGUCUGCGGCACAGGCGUUGGCUGAACUGUCCUUUGCACGGGGUGUAGCCCAACCCACUAACACGGGCUCGCCCCAGAUAGCCCCACAACAGCACAACGGACCACCCCACAACUCCCAGCAGCAACACACACAGCACGACGCGUACGGCAACGACGGACCCCGUCAACACCCGCAGUAUGCACCACAACAACAACCACAGCCACAGGCCCAGCAUCGUCACCAACACGCGCCUCAGCAGCGAAUGUCCGGUGCACCACAUGACCAUAUGUACCCACAGGAUGCAUAUACACACGCACCCGCACUCGCACACUCACACAAACACAACCAGUCCAUCUCAGCCAAGCCACAGAGGCAAUUAUCGCAGCCUAUACCUGGAGAGAGGAAUCGAUACCAACCCUCGCCCAAGAUGAAGGGGGUCAACAGGGAACACAUAGAGCGAGACAGGCCGUACCAUGGUAGCAGCUCACACCUGCACGCUGGUUCGCAUGCAUAUCAACCAUACGACCACCCCUCCCACCCACUGAGGUCACGCUCGCCCGACCCCAUCAAGAAGAAGAAAGCUCCGCCAAAGUGAAGCAGUUGAGCGCUUUGAUUUAUAAUGGGUACCUGCGACUGUACGAUGGGUACUAAGCAGGCGCGUUGAUUAUUUGCACGUCUGCAAACCAUGCUGCACUACAUACAAACCAUGCUGCACUACUUGCAAACCAUGCUGCACCACAUGCAAACCAUGCUGCACUACAUGCAAACCUAUUAUGUGCUAACGGAGGAGACGAUGCAAGAGAACACCUCUCUGCGGAGCGGUUGGGUAUUUUAGGCCAUGACCAAUAGUUUUGCCUCCGCUCAAAAGGCAAACUGCUCAGACGAUCAGUGUAGAAGGUGCGAAGCAAUCGCAUCAACGCUCGUGCAGGUUAAACAUUCUCUUUUGACUUCUAGUGCUACCGAGUGUUGAGAUUGGGCCGUUACGGAAGAGGGCGUCAAGUGGGUGUGCACACAAACAUCAUACACACGACACAAGAACCCAGGGCAUUCCAUCGGAUAGUCAUUGAACUAGAUGGCAAACACGUGUAGUCAUCGCACGCACAGGCACCAAAAACGGUGAGAUCAGUUCUGCUGACAUCUCGGAAACACUCAAUACAUCAUAAAACGGGCGGCUUGUUCCUCGGAAUACACAACCGCGAUGAAUUGGGGGUAAGGGUACACAUCAGGUAAUUUGACUUGCAGACGUGUAUUGCGUUACACAUGUGCACUUGCACACAGUCACACGCUCACUGUACACUGAGAUAAUAUAUGUAAUGUUCUUGUGGCACUGACCAGUAUGCCACUGUCUGGUAUCACAGAACACUGUAGAGUGAGAUUUCCUGCCUAGUAUCACAGGACAAGAUAGAGUGGGAAAUUUUAGACAUAGGCACGCGACCGUUUACCUUGUUCUAUGCGGAAAGGCACAUGGGCUCCAGAAGCUGAUGUAUAGACUACUUGGAUGUUGUCAAGGGUUACGCAUACUGUAAUCUGUAUUAUGCUUUUCAUUUUUUAUAUUGCGAUCACAGCAAUUCAUCUGCGCAAGGUGUAAAUAUGCGAUUGCGCUCCACAUCGCCCGCUGAGCUCGCUGACUCCUUCAGACUCAGAGUCUCAUAGUCUCAUCAGACUCUCAAGUCUCAGAGUGCAGACGACAGUGAUCUAAAAACAAAAACCCUGAAAACCCAAAUGAACCAAUUUUAUCCCCCGGGGAAUUCGGCCAGCUGAUGAGCUGGUGUAGGAUUCUUGUCAAUAUAAUUGGAGAAUAAACUGAUCUAAAGCUUUUUG